CUGUACCUCCCCCAGGGCUCCGUCUCGGCUCCUCAGUGCCUCUGAGCGCGCCUCGGCAGCAGCGGUGUCUCCAGCCCGGCAGCAGCAGCUCUUCUGCGGGGGGCUUUCGCUUAAAGUCUGCCUGCUGGAGCUCCUCGCGCCAGAGCCCCCUCCGCUUCGGUAGCGAGCAGCCCGCCUCCUCUGUCCGCUCAGCGCUGCCGUGGACUGACCCGCGCUCCGUCCGCGCUGCGAUGGACUCGUCCUCCUGGCGAAAUCUUAAUAAGUGACAGCAAGUUUGCGCUGCAUCGUUUUUUUUUUUGAGCUGCUGUUUGUUUAUUUGUUUGUUUGUUUGCCCCCCCCCCCCCCCUCCUCCCCAGCUGCGCAUAUAAGGCUGCAAACUUGGGCUUGCACAAGUGGACGCGCGAGAGGAUGGGGGUGCACGCGGGCGAUGCGUUCUGGCUGUGCUCCCUUCUGAGCGCGGUGCUCCUGAGCGCUCGCGCCGUGGCCGGUUCCGAGGGCUACUGCAGGAGUCUACGGACGCAGAGCAGGGGCCCGAGGAGGGACGGACACAACGAGUUUCGACUUCGCAUGGAAGGAGACCCGGACACUUACCAGCCUGGGAGCACCUACAGAGUGAGUCUGUACGCCUCCAGUCCAUCUUAUUUCCGAGGUUUCACUCUGAUUGCUCUGAAGGAAGGAAGAGAAGGAACCAGCACUGAUGAUUAUGCUGGCAAUUUCAAGAUCAUUGAUGAGGGCGACACUCAGUUCAUGACGAAUUGCCCUCAAGCCGUCACCGAGAGCAUUCCCAGGAGACGCACCCGAAUACAAGUGUUCUGGACAGCGCCCCCUACUGGCACCGGCUGUGUCAUACUCAAGGCGAGUGUUGUACAGAGGAAGAUCAUUUCCUUCCAGGAUGAAGGCUCCCUCACUAAGAGGCUGUGUGAGAAAGACCCUCUCAGAGCUACAGAGAAGCCCCUGCAGGACUGCUGCGCAUGUGGAACAGCCAAGUACAGGGUCACCUUCUACGGGAACUGGUCAGAGAAAGUGCAUCCCAAAGACUACCCCAGGCGUGCCAAUCACUGGUCAGCUCUGAUCGGAGCCUCUCACUCCAGAAACUACGUGCUGUGGGAAUACGGGGGAUAUGCCAGCGAAGGAGUCCGCCAAGUGGCAGAGCUCGGAUCUCCUGUCAAGAUGGAGGAAGAGAUACGCCAAAAGGGUGAUGACGUUAUGACAGUUAUCAAGACUAAAGCUCAGUGGCCUGCCUGGCAGCCUCUCAAUAUUCGUGCAGCUCCAUCAGCGGAAUUUUCGGUGGACCGAUCUCGUCACCUCAUGUCUUUUCUGACCAUGCUGGGUCCCAGCCCAGACUGGAACGUGGGUGUGUCGGGGGAGAAUCUGUGCACGCGGGAGUGCGGCUGGGUGCAGAGAAUGGUCAAAGACCUGCUGCCCUGGGACGCUGGAACAGACAAUGGGGUCACCUAUGAGUCCCCCAACAAACCCAGUAACCCCCAAGAGCGGAUCCGGCCCCUCACCAGUCUAGACCACCCCCAGAGUCCUUUCUACGACCCCCUGGGCGGUCCCAUCACGCCCCUGGCCCGAGUGGUGGUGGAGAGGAUUGCCAGAAAGGGAGAGCAGUGCAACACCGUUCCAGACACUGUGGAUGAUAUCGUGGCAGACAUAACUCAAGAAGAGAUGGAGGAAGGAGACAACACUCCAGAGACGUGUAUCUACUCCAACUGGUCUCCGUGGUCAGCCUGCAGCUCGUCCACCUGCGAUAAGGGCCGGCGGAUGAGGCAGAGGAUGCUGAAGGCUCAGCUGGACGCCACCGUGCCCUGCCUCCACACUCAGGACUUUGAGCCCUGCAUGGGGCCGGGCUGCAGAGAGACUGAGGAGCCGUCUCCAUGCAUGCUGUCUGAGUGGAUCAGCUGGUCACCCUGCAGUGUGUCCUGCGGAAUGGGCAUGAGGUCCAGAGAGCGUUACAUCAAACAGUUUCCUGAGGAUGGGUCCAGCUGCAGGGAGCCCACAGAGGAGACUGAGAAGUGUGUGGUCAAUGAGGACUGCUCACCCAGCAGCUGCAUCGUGACGGAGUGGAGUGACUGGAAGCCGUGCAGUGUGAGCUGUGGCAUGGGGAUGAGGCAGAGGGUGAGGAUGAUGAAGAUGUCCGCAUCAGACGGCUCUCCAUGCAGAGCGGAGAUGGAAGAAGUUGAGAAGUGCAUGAUGCCAGAGUGCAAUGUGUUUUCCUGCAUGGUGUCCGAGUGGUCAGAGUGGGGUCAUUGCAGUGUAUCCUGUGGGGUGGGCAUGCGGAUUCGGCGACGCAUGCUGAAGACCCCUGCCCUGUCCGGCCAGUGUGGAGAACCUCUGGAGGAGGUGGAGAAGUGCAUGUUGCCAGACUGCCCUGUGGAGUGUAUGCUGUCUGAGUGGUCGGAGUGGUCAGAGUGUAAUAAGUCAUGUGGGAAGGGUCACAUGAUCCGCUCGCGCAUGGUCAAGUUAGAGCCUCAGUUUGGUGGCGCCCCGUGUCCAAAGACCGUGCAGAGGAAGAAGUGUAAAAUCCGGAAGUGCAGAAAACCGAGCAAAGACAUCCCCUCUGCAGACGAGGGGAGUUCAGCCUGCAAGAUGACCCCAUGGUCCAGCUGGACGGACUGCACCGAGCACUGCGGCGGGGGUGUCCAGGAUCGAGUGAUGGCUGUAAAGAAGAAAGGCAAAGGCUCAAAGUCCAAGAGCUGCAAGCGCAGGAGAGAAAGCCGCGUCUGCAACGAGCAUCCCUGCUAACACCGCCCUGCAGACACACACAGACGCGAGUACACACACAGACACAAACUCAAACGCUCAGUACUAGCCGAGUGUGAGGUGUGAGGCCUUUCUGGACUGGUGAGGCGAAGUGUUCUGCAAGCUAGAGCUCGUAGGCUUUUAGAGUCUUCCUCACGACGAGUGAGGACUAGGCAGACGUCCCGUGAUUAGUCUUAGUUGCCUUCUCAGCAGGCAUAUGUAUUACUCUAUAACCAACAGUACUCAACUUCACCGUCUCACACUAAAACAUACUAAAACAUGAAUAAUAGCCUUUAUUUUGUUUUGAUUUUUUUUUUUUUCUCACUCGCACUAAUUCUGUCUGCACCACUCCAUUAGCAUGCACUGUACAGUCUGGAAAUGUGAAGUUUUUUUUUCUUUCUUUUUCUCCAAUGCACUAUAUAUGCCCAGUGCAGCUACACGAACCAUGUUUCUUACUCUUUCUCAGUGCGAAAGGGCUGUUUAAGCCCAGUCCAAGACUAAAAAAGGGCCGUCAAUGGAGAAUCUCCACUGACAGCGUGACUUAGUCUGCGGCUGGGCUUAACCUGAGGCUGGAAAAGCGGCCUGAGCGUCAUCGCUGUCUGAUUUUUGGUAUUGGCAGAGCGGGUCUGCGUCGGCUGUUCUUUGUCAAGGGCAUCACCCAGGAUUUGCAAUUCAAUCGAGUUUACCUCCAGCCGUUCUCUCCCAUCCCUGCCUUUAAUCCGGGGCGAGCGCCGCCACAUCAGCCCAGCGCUAUUGAGCGCUAUCAAGGUGGGUCACCCACAAUCAAUGCCCAGUCGAUUUGGACAGCAACCAUCUGCUGAGGAUGGAUUGAUUUUCCAUUGUCUGUACAAAGUAGUUUUGUCGUACCGUCUAGAAGACUCCCAGCUGAUAAAAAAAUUAAAAAAAUGAAAGAUUUUCUUUUUUAUGCUUUUCGAAGAAACGAUAAAAGGUGAAAUAAUAGCCCCUGGAUGGUUUCGAAUUAUAUCGCUCGGCAGAAAGCACAUGUGAGAAUAGCCGUUCCAAGUCUUUUGUAAAACUAUCAUAUGUUGGUUUUUUAGGUUCAAAGUACAUUGUGACUUUUUAUCCCACUGUAAUAAUGUCUGGAGGCUAAUGUGACUCGGUCAGUAGGGAGGGAGGGAGUGCAGCUCUAAUUUUAGACACUUUCUAACUUUUUUCUGUGGAAUUUUGAUAUACUCAACACCCAGAACUCUUGCCAAAGUCAUGUGUAGGUCUCUCUCUCACCCUCUCCACUGCAAUAUAUUACUAUUUUGGAAUAAAUCACCUUUACAAUAAAAGUAAAUGUGA